CACAUCGGAACUCCAGCUGCCGCUGCGAUCCAAGUUUUUCUUAUGUUAGGAGUUGGCUCGUUAAAAACGUAAUUACAAAGGUACUUUAAUACUGAUUUGUAUCCAACUACAUGUUGCUGUGAAGGUAGCGCCAAAAAGUGACAGGCGUUAAAGUAAUCUCACGCUAUUUUUUCUCGAGAUUUCUCAGGGCUGAUAUGGUGCAUGACACUUAAUAAAUAAAAACAUUGGUCUUUUAUUAUCACAGGGCCCGCCAAAAGAACGUGCUUUGAUGGCCGAAUGCCGUUUUACCUUACGGUAUGUUUUCAGCAAACUUCAAACUACUCACGCAGAACGGACAUCAUUCUAUUUCGUUUACAGUAAAAGUUAACGGGAAAUGGAAACUAAUAAAUACAAACGAAUGUCUUUUUAAAAAAAUUCUCGACACUGCGCAUAACAUGGUGCACCUGAGUUUACAUUCAUUUGUUCCUCCAGGAAAUCCUUCACACGUAGAGCCCAUUCACUGAAACAGAUUUCAGAAAUUUCAUUGAUAAUUAAAUUGACGCAAGCUGAAGAGUAACAAUAGUAAAAUCUGUUUUCUUUUAAGGAAAAGAAAAUGUUAACCAGAACCACUUAAGUCCAAUAACUGACUGUAAUGUAAAAUGAUACAUAUGCCUAUCUGGCUGGUUGCAGUGUGUAAAAAAACACUAAACCACAAUAUUGCAGAUCGAACUAGCCUCGGGCUAUUCUGGCAGAGCUCAUAAACCGGUUGUUUAUGGGCUUUCCUAUCAGUCUAACUUUAUUUUGCCUUUAGUGAAGAGUGCCCAAUUCUAUAUUUUCCAUAAGUUCCGGGUAAGAAUUGAAAAGCUCCGUAUCCGAUAGUCAUUGUUUGCUUCAUUGCCUCGAGAAUUUUAGUUGCGAUUGAAUUUUGAAAAGAACGCUUUAGUUCAAUAGUUGAUCAAAUUGCAAUCAGAACUUCCGCUUCAUGCAAAGUUCUAUAAAGCAACUCAGCUGUGGACUGUUUGCUUAAUAAUCAUGUGGAUCGAAAAGUUUUGAAUUUAUUUUGAAUUGCACCUUAUAGAUGCUUGAUUUUUUUAAAAAAUCAGCGCUAGAUUUCAAUCUGAUAUAUAUUGCAUUCUAGAACCUGGUCACUAGUUAGAUAUAUUAAAAUGUAUGUGCGCCGGUUCUUAUGUUCUGUGGAAUGUAUUCACUAUUCUGAUUUCUGAUGAUGUUAAGCUAUUUUGAAAUUGCUUCUCUUGUUCCAAAACUAAUUUCGUUUUUCUUUAAUCUUGUAUUUGACAUUCCCUGUGCGAGUUCAGUUCAGCUAUGAUCGGAAGCCCCAUGGCGCUGAGAUCUCCGGGUUACGUGUACCAGGUGGAGCCUGAAGGUUACGACAGUUUGUUGGAGAGGAUAAGUUUCCCGGACGCGCCCUGCGUGCAGGUGGCUCCGUCAUUCCCGGCCGAUCUGUCCGCGCUGCAGUCGGGCACCGAGCCGCCCCGACUCCGGCACCCCGACGAGAUCUCGCUGCUGUCUUUCGCUGAUCAUGCCUAUCCCGAUGCCUUCGGCAACGACGCCUUCUCGGGCUGGCACUACUUCCCUCAGAUGCCUCUCCAGAGCCCCUUCACUGCUGUCUACGACUACUCGUACGAGCCCGCCUUCAUCCGCAAGCGCAACGAAAGGGAGAGGCAGCGGGUGAAGUGCGUGAACGAGGGCUACGCCCGGUUGAGGCAGCACCUACCGCAGGAGGUGGCCGAGAAAAGACUCAGCAAGGUGGAGACGCUGAGAGCCGCCAUCAGCUACAUCAAAGAGCUGCAGUCUCUGCUCCGGCUGCACGGCGACUACGUGGAGAGGCAGCCGGCCGGGAACGCCGUUUCCCAGGCAACGGGUGCCCUAGAAGCAGGCACGGACAACCACUCCGCAAACAGGGUGACUGCAGACCCGAAGGGGUAACCGGGGGCAACGAGAGGAUCAGCCGGGCAAAGGGCAGAAGCGCCGUGCCUCUGAUCCCACCGGAGGAGGAGACAGGAUACUGUACCAGGAAAUACAAGAUCAGAGGCAGCGGGCGAAUUCCUGCCGUACCUGACAACGGAAGAUUAUUUUGCAGUAAUUUAUGGCUUUAAAGCCAAUUUCACUGACAAUAAUACGCUAUUUGGGAACAAAUUCAAGAACUGGUCAGAGCAAAUUAUUUAAAUAACACAGAAGAAACGAGCUCACUUCGCCACUUACAUACCUGAGAUUGGGUGCUACUUUAUUCCCAGGUCUGCGGCGUGUGGGCAUUAAUUUUAAAUGAGUGAUUUUAGCGCUCUGUACUUGUUUCCUAUCAGUGGUCUGAACGCGGCUGAGAAGUCAAGCCUGUGAGCCUGGGCCGCAGCUCAAUACUUGAUCCAUGAUCCCAUGGCUUCUUGGAGCAGUUAAUCACACCCUCCCCUCCUUUGAUGCUUCUCGUGCCCGAAUAUCCGUUAUUCUCAAAUAUGAACACCUCUCUCAUUUCAUCACAACAUUUCUGAAUUAAAAACAAAAUUUCCCAUUCUUUACCCCGUGUAAUUCACAAGAGUUUUCCAGUACUCACCCUAUAAAACCCUCUCAAAAUUCUAAUUCUUAUCCUUCCAAACGCAGUAAGUCAAUUACCCCUCAUCCCUACAAUCAAUAGCAAAUCUACGGCACGUUUAUCAAUUUAAUCUUCCUUGGGUCCGGAAACCAAAACUGCCCACAGUACUCCGGGCGAGAGUUUACCAAAGUUAGAUAUCUUUAUCCUUGGCUACAAGUCCGUUACAAUAAAAACCAUUGUGUAAAACACCUCUUCGAUUGUUUGGCGUGCCAUCUACCAACUUCUUACCUAGAGCAUAUCAUUUCCAACAGUACUUACUGGGUUCUCGCCAACUUAAAACAAAAUACAUUCAAUAGCUAUUCAUCACGCUGAAACAGGAAACUCGUUCAUCGUUCCACCGUCUUUUUGUGCGCUCCUUUAAUCCGACUCUUCUCGCCCAUCUCCGAGCUCAUUUCCCCGUCGAGCUUUCCACAGUGAACAAAAAUACACACUAUACGCUCCGUUAAGAAACACAAAGCUCUGCAUUUUUCUUUGGAUGUGGUUUUAAUCAUUAAAAUUAAAUGGGGACAAUAGACAGCACUUUAUAAUCAUAACAACGAUGGGGCAAUUGUUUCUUAUCCUAUUGGUCUGCUUUGUUCUUCAUUUACUCCAGGAGCUAACAAAAUAGUUUGGAACACAUUGCACUGAAGUAAGUCAUGACAAGAACCCAUCAUGGCCGAUCAGACAAUCAAUAUGGAAUCAAAAUGUGAAGAGAGUGGGACGCCUUAAGUGAAAAUUGAGGCUCAAAUAGAGAACAACGUUUCCUUAAUCGUUGCCUUAUUAGUGGAGAGGGUAGUUGUGGAAUAAAUUUUACUGUACUAAGGAACGGGGUUAGUUCUGUUGCAGACCUUCAACGUUAUUGAAUUUUUUUGGUGGUAUAUUUUUCCUUACUAAAGCUUCGAUCCCAGGUCGAUUGCGAAUCAAUACCUGGCUUUAAAAACGACUUGGUUUUAUUG